GAAAAAACCAACUCGUCCUCAUCUGCGAAUCUCCGAAACCAAAGCCCCAAACUGAUAGGCAGAGAGCAGUCAGAGCAGCUUCCCUCGCCGCCGCCCAUGUCGGGAGGAGGGAUCGCGCGCGGCCGCCUCGCGGAGGAGCGCAAGGCUUGGCGCAAGAACCACCCUCAUGGUUUCGUCGCGAAGCCGGAGACGGUGGCCGACGGGUCGGUGAACCUCAUGGUCUGGCACUGCACCAUCCCCGGCAAGCAGGGGACUGAUUGGGAAGGUGGAUACUUUCCUCUUACCCUCAAUUUCAGCGAGGACUACCCUAGCAAACCUCCCAAAUGCAAGUUCCCACAGGGUUUUUUCCACCCAAAUGUCUAUCCUUCAGGGACAGUCUGCCUCUCGAUUCUUAAUGAGGAUAGUGGUUGGAGACCUGCCAUCACCGUUAAGCAGAUUCUAGUUGGAAUACAGGAUUUGCUUGAUCUGCCUAAUCCAGCUGAUCCUGCCCAGACUGAUGGUUAUCACCUUUUUAUCCAGGAUCCAUCAGAAUAUAAGAGACGUGUUCGGCUGCAGGCCAAGCAGUACCCUGCUCUGGUUUGAUGAUCCAUGUACUGGUUUUAAAAUCAUAAAUUACUGUACCUGAAAAUAUGAAGUUUGACCAAAUAUAACCGAAAGAGAGGUAUGUGAGAACUUUCCAUUGUCAACAUGGAUAUUUGUGACGUGUGGCCUGCCAUAGGCCAAACAAAAAUCGUUUGUUAAGCUUGAAUAUGGGUGUAUGGAUAAUCUUGAACUUAA